AAUUUUGUGGUUGUCGGUUGUCGGUUGAUAUAUAUGGUUUCCCAUUAUCAACUCCUUUCUCUUUCUCAGUUGCAUUUUUCUCUCAUUUGGGGUUUGUUUUUAUCCUUUUUUUUUUUCCCUUCUUGCAAAAGGUGACUGAACCGCCUUGAUCGUUGAAAAGAAAUGGAGGGAUGUGGGGAUUUUGUGCAAUGGCUUUUACCAGACAUGUCUAUAAAGAUCCUAACGUGUUUGGAGGACCCUUGUGAUCUUAUCCGGGCUUCUGUUGUUUCUAGUUCUUGGCGUCAAUUCGUGAUUGGAAAUGGCUUGUGUAAGCAUCUCUGUUUAAGAAGAUUUCCUGAAAUAUCAAGUGUUGCGAAUAUGAUUAAAGUUGAAAACACGGUUGUACCAGUAGUAUCUGACCCUGAAAGGUCUGGGGAGUGGUUAUGUCUGGAGAGGGAUCACAGAUUUUAUGCAUUUUUGACACAAGGCCUUUCCAACUCUAUGACGGAAGAAUGCUUAGUAGCUGCAAUCCAUGCAUCAAGCACUGACAACUAUCCUGAAGAAAGCAUUCUGAAUACGCUAACACCGGGUGAUCGUAUUGGGCGGAGGGCUUCAUACUGGUCAAGUGGAGGACAAAAUGAUACUACAGUUCCUGAGACGCUAACAUAUAAAUUAAUCUCAAAGCUGUGCUUGAUUUCAGAAAUUCAUGUACAACCAUUUCAAGCGUAUUUCCAGUUUGGCUUUCCGAUUUAUUCAGCAAAAGCUAUGAGAUUCAGGGUGGGACAUCCUAAUGUUAAAAUGGAUGUAGAAAGUGACAACGGACAUGAAUCCGCGGCUGCUCAAGGAUCUUACUCUGACAAGAUCGUAUGGACAUACACCUCACCAUCAUUUCCCAUGGCUCAGGAGAACAUCUUGCAGAAGUUUAAGCUGCCAGAACCUGUUCUUUGCAUUGGCGGAAUCCUACAAGUGGAACUCUUAGGCAGAGUUCAAAGACAACAAAUGGAUGGUCUAUAUUAUAUAUGUAUAUCGCAAGUUCAAGUUGUUGGAAGACCACUGUUGCCUGCAUUUGAUGUGGAGAUACUUGAUGAAGCCGGGAAGUGCAGCCUGAAGUAUCACCCAGAAGAAAGGUUGAGUGAGUCACGUAACAAACUUUCUAAAGGAGAGUCAAGUAGUCCUCGGUUUCAUAGGUUUAGGGCAAGCUUAAGGGGAUGGGAGCAAAUGAUCCUCAAUACACUACUUGGAGCUGGAGCUGAUGUGGCUGAUGAUGAUUCAGAUGAGGAGUUUGGCGUCUAGUUUUGGUCCCUUUCGAGGCCCUAACAGUCGUUUCUCUGAGUAAACCCGACUUUUUUCUGCUACUCACUAUGUAAGGAGCAUCACUGCUGUAGUUUCCCCUAUAAACAGAGGCUAUGUAUGGAGGCAUAUCAUUCAACUUCUGGAAAGUGGAUCCUCAUAAACAUGUUCAAUAGUUUUUAGCAAGCCGCCAUUCUGUUGUUUUCUAUUUCCAUUCUGCCAUUCCAACUGGGAUUAACUGAUCUCGCACUGAAAAAUGCUAAACUACUGUCAUCUUUUUUGCUUGUUAAAAGUUGUAUGAUGCAUCUGAUUUUUCGGGUUGGUUAA